GUUUCGGGGUGUGGCCACCGCUACCCUGAGGCUGGGCUGCCUGCCGGGCCCUGGGCUCGACCGCCGCCAAGGGCCUGAACAGGUACUUUUAGGAAGAAAACAAACUAAAAAAAAAUGAGAUCCCUUCUUUUCACAUUUGUUGGCCUUCACCUUUUAUCCCUGAACUCUGGGAAACCUAUAUAUAAGGAUGGUGUCUCUCAAAGAACUUUUCAAGAAAUGAAAGAAGAAAUAGCCAGCUAUGGAGACAUUGCUAAAGCAAUUAUCGAUCUUGCUGUUUAUGGUAAAGCCCAGAACAGAUCCUAUGAGCGACUGGCACUUCUGGUUGAUACUGUUGGACCCCGACUAAGUGGCUCCAAAAGCCUAGAAAAGGCCAUCCAAAUCAUGUACCGAAAUCUACAGGAAGAUGGACUGGAAAAUGUCCACUUGGAGCCAGUCAAAAUACCCCACUGGGAAAGGGGAGAAGAAUCAGCUGUGAUGGUUGAGCCACGAAUUCACAAGAUGGCUAUUUUGGGUCUUGGCAGCAGCAUUGGGACACCCCCAGAAGGCAUUACAGCAGAAGUUUUGGUGGUGACCUCUUUCGAUGAACUGCAGAGAAGGGCCCCAGAAGCAAAAGGGAAGAUUGUUGUUUAUAAUCAACCUUACACCAACUACUCACAGUCGGUGCAAUAUCGAGUCCAGGGGGCUGUGGAAGCUGCCAAAGUGGGGGCCCUGGCAUCCCUCAUUAGAUCAGUGGCUUCUUUCUCAAUCUACAGUCCUCACACAGGUGUUCAGGAAUACCAGGAUGGUGUGCCAAAGAUCCCCACAGCAUGUAUCACAGUAGAAGAUGCAGAAAUGAUAUCAAGAAUGGUUUCUCAUGGGAACAGAGUUGUCAUUCAGCUGAAGAUGGGGGCAAAGAACUACCCAGAUGCCGAUUCCUUCAACACAGUGGCAGAGAUCAUUGGUAGAAAGUACCCAGAGCAGGUUGUACUGGUCAGUGGACAUCUGGACAGCUGGGACGUUGGGCAGGGUGCCAUGGAUGAUGGUGGUGGAGCCUUUAUAUCAUGGGAAGCUCUCUCCCUUAUUAAGGACCUUGGUAAAUAUUACGAAAGUUGUUAA